UAAGAAAGCAAGAUGAGUUAUAGCCGUCUCUUCCUCCUGGCCCUUCUGUUCUGCCUUGGUUCUGCCUCUGAGACAAGUCUGACCUCUGCACAUACCCUGGCACCGGCCACAACUCCAACAUCAACCCAGUCUACAGCUGCCUGGUUGCCUCCGGGAGGCACAUCUUGGACAGAAGGUGGUACUGUGUCUCAGUCACUUUCCAAUUUCACUGGGUCUGUGGACAGCCAUGGGACCUGCCAGUGUUCUGUUUCCCUGCCGGACACCACCUUUCCCGCUGACAGAGUGGAGCACUUAGAGUUCAAAGCUCACAUCCUUUCUCAGAAAUUUGAGAGAGAGUUUUCUAAGGUGAAGGAGUAUGUCCAGCUGAUGAGUGUGUAUGAGAAGAAGCUCUUGAACCUGACUGUCCGAGUAGAGGUCAUGGAGAAGGACAGCAUCUCUUACACGGAGCUGGACUUUGAGCUGAUCAAGCUGGAAGUGAGGGAGAUGCAUAGCCUGGUCACACGGCUCAAGGAGAAUUUCGUUGGAAGCACAGACAUUAUUGACAUGCUGGAAGUGGAGAUAAGGAAUAUGACUCUCCUGGUAGAGAAGCUGGAGACUCUAGACCAAAACAACGUCCUUAGCAUUCGCCGGCAGAUCUCAGCUCUGAAGAUCAAGCUGAAAGAUUGUGAGGCCUCGAAAAGUGACCUUGUGCCUGCCACGCCCCCUCCUCCUGCUCCUGGAAGCUGUAGUCAUGGUGGUGUGGUGAACAUCAGCGCUCCUUCUGUGAUUCAGCUCAACUGGCUAGGGUUUAAUUAUAAAUAUGGUGCCUGGGGACGAGAUUACUCUCCUCAGCAUCCAGAGAGAACCUUGUACUGGGUGGCACCUUUGAAUACAGAUGCAAGGGUUCUACAGUAUUACAGACUUUAUGACUCACUGGAUAAUUUGUUAAUCUAUUCAUAUUCCCAAAACAGCCAGAUUCGCUAUGGCCAAGGGGGUGGUACAGUGGCAUUCAACAACAACCUGUAUGUGAACUGGUACAAUGGGAGGAACAUUGCCAAAAUUAACCUAACUACUAAUGCAGUCGAAGUGAAUCAGCCCCUCCCUCUGGCUGCCUACAAUAAUCGCUUUUCAUAUGCUAAUGUGAAUUGGCAAGACAUUGACCUUGCUGUGGAUGAGCAAGCACUGUGGGUAAUUUAUGCAACUGAGGCCAGUACUGGUAACAUAGUGAUUAGUAAACUCAAUGAUACCACUCUUCAGGUGAUGAGUACUUGGGUUACCAAGCAGUACAAGCCAUCUGUUUCUAAUGCCUUCAUGGUAUGUGGAGUUCUUUAUGCUACUCGAACUUUAAACACCAAAACAGAAGAGAUCUUUUACUAUUAUGACACAAACACAGAGAGGGAAGGCAAUCUAGCCAUCACAAUGAGAAAGAUGCAGGAAAGAAUUCAGAGCAUUAAUUAUCAUCCCUUUGACCAAAAACUUUAUGUCUACAAUGAUGGUUAUCUUCUGAACUAUGAUCUUGUUUUCUUACAACAGCCCAGGCAACCUGUAUAAGUGUUAGGAUAAAGGAGGAAUGAAAUCUUUGUUGAAAAUUGUCAUCUCUACAUAUUUAGACAGCUGCAGGGAAGUCUAGGAGUGUGUUUCUUUAGGCAUGAUGCUAGUAGAGAUAGUUCUAUCACAAUAGAGAUCUAGGCUAUUUGUCUCAAUUUGAUUUCUCUUGAGAACCAUCAUCCUCUUUGGAUAGAUUUAACAACUGAGAUAAGGUCUUUCCAGGUAAAGUUGUCAGAGGUUGGGGUACUAUGAGUCUAAUGAAGUUUCUAGUAAGGUGAAGUCUAGAAGUUAAAGAAUUUAAGGAGUACUUAGUAUGAAUUCUGGGAAUUCUUUCUCUUGGAAAAUUUGCAUGGUGACCAAUUACCCACCACAUAAAACCAUUGAAUUGUCCAUUGUGGAAAGGAUGCUGGGGCUUAAUUAGGUAGAUCCACAUCAGAAAGUGAACAUGAGAUCAAAUAUUUAGCUUUGUUUUCCUGCUGGCUCCUGGAACCUGCUUUGUGUAUGCCAGAUAGGUAAAUUUGCCAUCUUAAAUGUUAUCUGUUAGAUGUUUAGAGCUUUCUGGAGAAUUGGCUUAUUGUACAUUAAGCUGUACAGUGAAAAUCAGUACCAGAGCAGUCUUCAGAUGAUAUACCUGCCUUUUUUCUCUCAUUCUUCCCCCACAUAACUCAGUAGAACCCUUUACCUCAUAAUUCAGGUCCCAAAGCAGCCAUAAGAUUAGAAGCAGACUUAAUAACCAAUCACCUUUCUCUACUGCUUAUGUGUUGUUCUUAGAUAUUAACUAGUCUUUUUAUGGGACAGAUAUAAAAUCAAUUAAUUUUCUCUUGUCUUAUCAUGCAAUUUUGAUUUAUGUAAUUGCAAGACUGAAAAAAAAGCAAACCAGUUGUCAGUAAUGUCACUAGUAGCAUUUCCAGCUAUAUAAUAAAGAUCAUGGAGUAAGUUGUACCAGUUGUUUCAUAUAAUUUCUCUCUUUAAGCCUGGAAUUUGCAAGAAAGUGAAAAUUUUUAUUUGUAAAAGUGUAUUUAUAGAAACAAUAUAGGAAAGAACCUUGUAGUAUCAGUUUAAUCGGGGCACCUCUUGAGAGCAUGUGCUGCGAGGAUGCUCUCCUGGCUUUGGAUGACUCUAUCCUGUAGUCUUGGCUAUUUUCCAUUGAUGUUCAAAUCCUAAUUCUGUCUUUCUAUUUUUUAAAAUGAACUAUUAA